AUGGAGCUACCACCUAGCUACGGUAUGGCCGAGCGUCGCCUGAUUUGCCUCGAGAAGAAGCUGCGGAAAUAUCCGGAACUACAAGCGAGUUUGGAAAAACAGAUUGCCGAAUAUCAGUGCAAAGGUUACGCCCACAAAGCAACGGCUGAGGAAUUGGAGGAGAACGAUCCUCUUCGAACGUGGUACCUCCCACUCGGAGUGGUAACAAACCCCAGGAAGCCCGGGAAGGUGAGAAUCAUUUGGGAUGCGGCGGCCAAGGCGCAUGGAGUGUCUCUGAACGAUAUGCUCCUCAAGGGACCGGACCUUCUCACUUCGUUGCCAGCUGUGUUAUGUCGUUUUCGGCAGCGAAAGAUUGCAAUUGCAGGUGACAUCCGCGAGAUGUAUCACCAACUGAAGAUUAGACGAGAAGAUCGGCAGGUUCAGCGGUUUCUGUACAGAAGUGACACGACGAAGAAACCAGACGUAUUCGUGAUGGACGUGGCCACGUUUGGCUCGACAUGUUCGCCCUGUUCGGCCAACUUUGUCAAGAACAAGAACGCGAUGGAAUGGAAAGACGAUUAUCCAGAAGCGGCGACAGCGGUAGUUGAAAACCACUAUGUGGACGAUUACCUGGAUAGUCGAGAUUCAGAGGACGACAUGGUGAAACUGGCCACGGACGUGCGAAUGAUCCAGGAAAGCGCCGGAUUUGAACUGCGAAACUGGCGAUCCAACUCCAAGAAAGUGCUGCAUCUCAUGGGUGAAGAAGCAACGGACUGCAGAAAGGACUUCAGCGUCGAUAAAGAAAGCCAAAUGGAACGCGUCCUAGGUAUGGCCUGGCUACCCGACGAGGAUGUUUUUGUGUAUUCCGUGAAGUUACCGAACGAUUUCGACUGCUCAGAAUCAACAAACACCAUCACGAAACGAAGUGUCCUUAGAUUCGUAAUGAGUGUGUUUGAUCCGCUUGGACUAAUAUCAAACCUGCUCAUCCAUGGUAAGAUGCUGAUCCAAGACCUUUGGAGGGCUAAGGUUGGAUGGGACGAGGCUAUUCCAGCAGAAAUAUCCAAGCAGUGGGAACGAUGGAUCGCACAGCUUUCCAAACUGGACCAAAUUCGGAUCCCGCGUUGCUAUUUUCCCGGAUACGAUCCGGAUAGUUUCCAAACGAUGCAGUUACAUGUAUUCGUGGAUGCGAGUGAGUCGGCCUUCGCUUGUGUCGCCUACUUUCGGAUCGUCGAUCGCGGCCAGCCAAGAUGUACAUUGGUAGCCUCCAAGGCGAAAGUUGCUCCCUUAAUCUCGAUGUCCGUUCCUAGAUUGGAACUGCAAGCGGCGGUCAUUGGUAGCCGUUUAGCAAAAUCCAUUGCCGAGUACCACACGAUUCCCGUGCGACGCAGAUUUUUCUGGAGCGACUCCACAACAGUCCUAGCGUGGAUAAACUCGGAUACAAGGAGGUAUCGCCAGUAUGUAGCAGUGCGUAUUGGAGAGAUCCUAGAAGAAACGGAACCUGAAGAGUGGCGUUGGAUCGGAACAAAGCUUAACAUUGCAGACGACGCUACAAAAUGGGGAAAGGGUCCCACAAUGCAAAUGGAGAGUCAUUGGUUCACUGGACCUGAUUUUCUGAUCCAGUCGGAGAGCAACUGGCCGCAUCAUCGGCCGUUAUCAACGGGCACUAAAGAAGAACUGCGUGCUAUACAUGUACACCGAACAAUACUAAUACAACCAAUUAUCAAGUAUGACCGGUUUUCUAAGUGGGAACGAAUGCUUCGCGCCAUGGCAUUUGUAUACUCCUUUAUGGAUCGUCUGCAGAAACCCGUUAAGAACGAGACCGAAUCGCAAUUGAAGCAAGAAGACUUGGUACGGGCGGAAAGGACGUUGUGGCGGCUCGCUCAAGCAGAAGCAUACGCCGACGAGAUUGCUGCUCUUGAGCAAAUGAAAACGUCCGAAAACAGCAAACCUUUGAAAUUGGAAAACAGUAGUCCUAUCAAACAACUAUCACCGUUUCUGGAUGAGUUCGGCGUCAUACGCAUGCAAAGUCGAAUAGAGGCCUGUGCGCUAGCGCCGUAUGAUGCGCGGUUUCCUGUAAUAUUGCCAAAAAACCAUCAUCGGGUAACUGAGCUCUUGGUAGACUGGUACCACAAACGUCUUGGUCACCACAACAGUGAAACCGUGGUGAACGAAAUACGUCAAAGGUAUCACAUUUCGGCUCUUCGGACGAUGGUGCGACAGGUGGCGAAGCAGUGUCAGUGGUGCACUGUGUACAAGGCACAUCCAGUAGUGCCUAGAAUGGCACCUCUUCCAGAAGCCCGCGUGACUCCGUUCGUUCGUCCUUUCUCGUUGGUUGGAAUUGAUUAUUUCGGGCCGUUUUUGAUAAAAAUCGGCCGUAGUCAGGUGAAACGCUGGGUGGCUCUCUUCACAUGUUUGGUGAUUAGAGCAGUACAUCUGGAAUAA